GUCUGCUAUAAAUUUCUUGUAGUGAGGUUUUAUUUCCGUUUGAAAGAUUUUGAUAAAGGACCAAUAAAUAAACACUUAAACAUUAACUCUCUUUAAUCGCUUCAAAAUGUAUGAUCUAAACACAAUUAAAUUUCGAGUGAGUCCUAGAGCUUUGUCAGGAACUCUUCACGUAAAUAACAAGGGAGCCUGCGAUUGGGGUCAUCAAGGAUUUAUUGCAUAUGGAUGCCAAAACUUGGUUGUUAUUGUUGAUCCCAAUACGAUGCAAGUCGUUCAAACUCUUGAUAAACACAAAGGUUAUGUUCAAAACGUCAAAUGGGCAAGAGAAAAUUUUCACCAUGAUACAACAAACCCGUACACACUACGAUUAGCAUGUUCCGAUUACAAUGGAAAAAUAUACAUUUGGGAGGUUAUGAAAUCUAUACUUCGCUCAGAAUUCUCAGAAAAUUCGAAACCGAUUGAAGAUAUGGAGUGGCUUGGAGAGCAAGACGCUUCUCAAGAUUUGUUGUUAGUUCUUCAUCCUCCAGCUCAUCUAAUUCUUUGGAACGCGGAAUCAGGAACAAAAUUGUGGAAAAAAACAUACGGGGAAACACUAUAUAAAUUUGUUAUUGACCCCUUUAAUAGCUGUAACAUAGCAUUCAAAGGAGAAAAUUGUAUAAUAUUCGUCGAUAACUUCUCUAUUGGUAAAGCUCCUUCAAGUUCAGGCAGGAAAUUUUUUGUCUCUAAUACUCAAGGAAACGCUAAGGAAUCUGAUAAGAAUGAGAAGAAACAACCAAGAAGCUCAAGUUUAACAAGUAGACUAAGUCAUAUUUUAGUUGGUGAUGGAAAUGCGAAACGAGACGAGGAAGAACCGCAGGACACUAUGGAGUGUUUACAAUUAGCUUAUCACAAAUCUCUAAGGAAUCAUCUACUUCUGAUAUAUCCCAAAGAAAUUUUGAUAUUAGACCUAGAUAUUAACCAAACUGUUGGAAUCAUUCAGGCUGAGAGAACAAACUCAAACUUUGGUUUAGUAAUGCCACUCAGGCUUAGAGAUGCCAUGUUUUGUCUGCACGAGAAUGCUAGCGUAACACUAAGACAAAGGCGAUUAACUGAUGUUACAGAAAACGAUAGGGAGAUGGGCGUAUAUGGUACACCUGCGUGUAUGUCUGUAUAG